GUCAGUCGGACUUAAUCGCUCGCGCGUUGCUCGCGUAUGCAACACUUCUAGCUGGUGGUAAUCGGCUCCGGUACCGUGCCGUAGGGUUGAUUCGUAACCUCUUCUUGCUAGUGGUUAGUCUUGAAGUGUUGGUCGUCGCCGUCUCUUCGUGUACUGCUCCGAGUAUGACGACGAGCCAGGAACCUCGCCGCUGACAGGCUUGAAAACACACUCCUCUGUGCAGGCCUGAUUGGCAAAUUGGCGAUCAGUUGCGGACGAGUUUCAGCGGUGAAAACACGUUCCGCGCGCCGUCGUAGUUGUUGCUCGUUGCAGCCGGGAGGGGGUUGUUCAAGACCCGACAGACAGGAAGAGUUCCUAGCAGCCGAGCGCACCGGUCCAAGCAGGCGCCACCAGCGCAUCGUCAUCUGUCAGCUUCGUUGGUCCCCGCGCGUAACCAGCUAAUCAAGGAAGACAAGGAUAAAUGAUCCAAGUGACCCGUGUGAAGUCGGGUGGGUGAUUGAUUUGAAGCAAGGAUUGCUGGGAUUCGCACUAGUCAGGUCGAAGAAGCUCAACAAAAUUUUGACCAGCCUGCUGUGUGUCUCAACAUGUGGACGGAAAAAAUUCUCCUUAUCACAGAAUAACACACAAGUGGUUUUGUUUUCGUGCUUCGUUCCGUACAAUUGUGAAUGGUUUUCCAGGAGGGAGUGAGUGUGUGAUACGAAUUACGAGCGUGCACAUCGGUAGCUCGACAAGUGUUUUAAUGAAACGGCCCACGCCGGUCCUGGGAACGAAGCAAAAGCGUUAAUGAAUCGAGUGCAUUGAAAGAGUGUGUGAGAUUCAGUGUGCAAAAAGCGUCCUGGUUUGAGUAAAUCCAGAAUGUAACAAUUUGAAUGAGGAGAAGUUUCAAGAUUCGUUAAUCUUAAAACUGUGAAAUAAAUUUGGUUGACAAUGUAGAUAGUGCUUUAGAACAUUACUUUGUGCUGAUUUUUGAAGAGCAAUCAUCGCCUGGUUGGCCGUCCAAAAAGCGCGUAAAUCUCCACCGCCGUCGCCGCCGCAUCAAAUUUAUGCUCAUCACUGCGGCGCAAACUAACAAAGAAACCCGCGAGGAAACCCGAAACCACCACCAUCCAAGCAACCCGGCGCGCGAGAAGGAUGUCGCUACUAUGGGAGUGAACUUCGAGGUGGAUCGACACCAGUCCCAACUCGUUCCGGUAGCGUUCAGCACGCGGAUCUUACGGCGGCUUCUGCUGCAACUGGAUCUGCCCGAAAGUGGCCACGCAGCCUGCUUUGACAGCGCGAAAUCGGACGCCGUAAUUGCGCCGUAGAAGCUUCUUUAACGCGAAGUUGCACAACUCUAGAACACGUGCGUGCGCUGGCACAGUCAAAAGGGCGAGUUCAGAUGAUCUAGUUGGCGUGCGGCUUGGCUGGAGUUUCCUGCGACUGUUGCGAUCGUCCCGAUUACAGGGUGCACCUUAAAAAAAAAACGCAACAAGAAUAUGACAGGAAGUUCGCAAUCGGGAAUAUUUAAAUCGAUUCCGAGCAGCAGCAGCAGCAAAUUAGCGCUCCGUCGAAGUCAGUGAUUAAUCGCAGCCGUGCCUGGCAAGUGAUGAAUGUCCGGUGAUGUGAAUUAAUUACAAGUGAGCUUCGUGCGUGAUAACUUACUCUCCUCCCUCCAAGUGAUACACACUCCUCCUCUCAUUUGCACUACAUUAAGCAACCUCUACAAAAAAAAAGAAAAAAAAAACGCGGAAUAAUUGUGAAAAAUAUAUUUAUAUUUAUUUGCCUGGCUAAAUGAUACUUACAAUACCGAAGUGAGCAGCCCCCGUCCAGUACGCCUGCUACGAUCGGCUCCCCACAUUCCGUGCUCGACGGAACUCGGGAGUGGACGUGUGCGUUUUCACACAAUCAAGUCUUCCUUGUGAGAGAGAGAGAAAAAAAAGUGCCAAAAUCCCUUCAACAAAAAUUUCCCCGAAAUCAACCAACUGUAUAAUUUAUGUGAUUAGUGUCAAAGAACCAGCGCUGUGAUUUAGUGCGCGCGGACCACAAGUCAGGAUGACCCCGAAGGAGUGGCUCGCGCUGUUUGCCUUCUACGCGGCCUACCUGUUCUUCGGGGCGAGUGUGUUCUACCACAACGAGCAUGCCCUCGAGACGGACCGGCGCGCCGACGAGCUGGCCGAGCGGAUCGAGAUGAAUGAACUGCUCACCAAAUACCUGGCCCCGCACGACCGCGAAAUCCAGGGCGAACUCCUGGUCCGGCUGAGCGAGUACUGCGACAAAAAGGUGACCAACUACACGCUGGACGAGUACGUCGAGCCGUACACGUGGAACUUUUACCACUCGUUCUACUUUGCGUUCAUCGUGUGCUCCACGAUCGGUUACGGCAACAUCUCACCGAACAACACCUUCGGGCGGAUCUUCAUGAUCUUCUACGCGCUGAUUGGUCUUCCGGUGAACGGGUUCUUCUUCGCGUACUUGGGUGAUUUGUACGGGAAAACUUACAUCCGGCUGUACCGGCGGUACAAGGCGUACAAACUGUCCGCCAACUCGCACUACGUGCCGCGCAAGUUCAACUUUAUCGGGCAGAUCGUGCUGUACCUGAUACCGGGCAUUGUGAUCUUCAUCUUCGUGCCGGCCUGCAUCUUCAAGUACUUUGAAAAGUGGCCGUACGACGUGGCCGUGUACUACGCGUUUGUGACGCUGACGACGAUCGGGUUCGGGGACUACACGACCACGUUCGAAAAGUCCCAGGAGUGGGAGUUUGGACUGGCGUUCACGUUCUACCAGGUGUUUAUCAUACUGUGGUUCUUCGCGGGCGUCGGUUACGUGUUUAUGGUGCUGGGGUUCAUCGCCAAGGGACUUGCCCACAAGAAGGUUCAACGGUUGGAGAAGCUGCUGGCGGUGAACGUGAAGGAGACUCAGCAGCGCGUCUGGAACGGCGUUACCAAAGAUAUCAGCUACCUGAGGAAGAUCCUGAACGAGGUGUACAUGCUGAAGUUCAAGCCCGUGUACCAAGAACCCGAGGAUCGUCUAGUCUCUAGUCUGCACAUAACCCGCUCGGACUCGUGUCCGGAGUUGUCGAUGUAUCGCGAGCAGGACGUUGACCCGAUCGGGCUCGAUCGCAAGCGAGCUUGCUCGAUGAUCACGAUGGACGACGCAGGACCCAAUCGUCGCACCAAAUCUACGGCCAGCAUUCCGGGAUCGCUGGGUCGUCGCCUGUCGGACAGUGACCUGAACCGGAUCAACCGCGAGAAGACGUUCGGAGUUCAGGCGUUGGUACAGCCUGCGGAACUGCUGGCGCGGGUCGUUACGGCGCUGGGUAAUAUCUCUACCAUUGAGGAGGACGGGCAGAGUAUUUUGGAGAGGGCGUCGCUCACAGCCGGGAUCAACUGUUUCUCGGACUCGCAGAUCCUGGCCAGCGAGCGGACCUGGUCCGGCUGGUCGAUGGUGGGCUCGGACAAGAGUAGCUACCUGGCGCCACCGCCGAUGGGACGACCGCGGGCGUCCUCGGACAUUGGACUGCAUCCGCAUCACGCCAGUGGGAAUCCCAACGACUGGACGUGGAGUGGCGGAGACAACGUACAAAUCAAAGAAAUGCUUAAGAUUCGUCAGAAGGACAAAAAGUCCCGUGACGAGCUACGACGGGCAGCUAUUACCAACAGCAAGCAGCAGUUUGGAUCAAACCAGAGCUUCCCGUCUGUCCCAGACGAUCGGCAAUCGCCGGUAUCCACGACGAACCGAAGUCUUCUCCAGAGGUUGAACCCCUUCCGGAAGCGGUCUUCCGCUUCGGACGGAAAACGCAACUCCAUCUACGACCUGGAGGCACCACGUCCUCUGGACAGCUACCUGGCCAAGACGGCCAACGGCCGAGCCUCAACCAUGGGUCUCUCCGCGCAGCACUACCUAACCCGAACCUCCGCCGGAAGAGGCAGCCUACUGUCCAUCCCACCGACCGACGAGCACGUGCUGGAGACCACCACGAUCGGUGACCUCAUCCGAGCCCUUGAACUCGUCCACACCCAAGCCGUCACCGAACCCCGAGCCGAUGAUUCCCCCAAGCGCAAGGUCGGAACGGCCACCCCACCCCGAAUGCCCUCGGUCAUGACCCUGUUCUCCGACGUCGGUCCCCGCCGCGGUUCCCUCAAACCCCCGCUCGCCACCUCCUACAGCAACCCCCUCCAAUACCGCUCCCAAAACCCCCCGCCCUACAGUGCGGCCACCGCCUACCCACCAUCCCCCAAACCCAUCCGGCGACGCUUCAGCGUCCGCCCCUCCAACCUCGCCUACCCCCCCGGCCAGUGUCCGCGCCGCUCCGGCAGCAUAUCCCUCGACACGCCCCUCAACUCGUCCUCCUCCUCCCUGACCGUCCCCACAACCACCCUGCAGCGCCGACUGUCAACCCGCCCGAGCCCCCUCGCCCACCAGAACCAAAACCUCCUGACGGUCCCCGCCAACAAACCGCCCUGGCGGCCAACCCUGCUGCGGUCCGACUCGGAACGAGUCUCGCUGCAACGCGGUCAUCAAACGACGACGCCCCGAAAUCGUCACAGUAGCCUGUGCCAAAUGGACAACCAAAACAAUAACAGUGGGAGUGGUGGCGGCGCCAGUUGAUGACCAGGCGGCGCGAAACAAAACAGUAACCAAUCAGUAUUGCCUUCAAGUAGAGAAUAGGAUAAACGUUAAUAGCACAAACAAGUGUAACAGAAAUCUAGUAGUGAUCAGUGAUAGCUAGUGCGUUUAGUUUGUAGGAUUAACAAAACAUAACAAUAACACAUUCCAGCCACAUUCAGUCAUUAGGUCGUGUAAGAGAGUAAGAGCGAAAUGAAGAGAGAGAGGCAAACGCAUAGCAUUAUAGUACAAUAAUUGUGUGUGGAUAUACCAUUCCAAAUGGGGACACCAUCAGCAGAACGCAGUUUUUAGGAUAAUUGCGCUUAUUUAUCAAGCAGAAGUGACGAUAGGCCAUGUUGAUUUAAGAAGGUAAGUCUAACGAGUUGAUCGUUUGUUAUACUUGGUAGGCUAGGUUUAAAUUUUACCAAAUUACCUAUUGCGAUGAUAGUAAAGAAGAGUGCAUUUUGGACAUUCCAA